AUGCCGGUCAAACGUAAAGCCGGCGAUGCAGCCGUCAAGCUGCCUUCCAAAUUUGCUAAACAUACACCAGAAUAUGUGAUUUCAGACACCUCAUCAAAAUUCGAUAGCGAGGAUGAUAGAUAUGAAGAGGACGAUGGUCCCGACGACGAAACACCAGCUACACCCUUCUCACGGACAUCUUCGAAAUAUCCAUCAGAGUUAAAGACACACCUAUGUCCAUUCGACGGCUGCACAAAAGCGUUCAAUCGUCCCGCGAGGCUACAGGAACAUUUACGAUCCCACAAUAACGAACGAAUUUUCCAAUGCACAUACGACGACUGCGAAAAGACGUUCCUUCGAGUGUCUCAUCUGAACCACCAUAUCAAAAGUGCCCAUACUGCAGUCCGAGACUACGUCUGUGAUCGUCCAGGUUGCGGUAAAGCUUUCGUGACUGGAACCAGACUUCGAAGACAUUUAGCCGCUCACGAUGGAAGAGACAAAUUUCGCUGUACCGAGUACCCACCGUGCAACGAAACAUUUCGCAAGCACGCAACCUUGGCCCAACAUAUCAUGUCUAUACAUCUCAAACAGAAACCAUUUCCCUGCCUAUACGUCAAUCCGACUACGGGCGAGAAAUGCUCUCAGGCAUUCGAUACAGCUGCGCAUCUGCGCGGUCAUGAGAAUCGUGUCCAUUCUGAGAGUCGGUUUACCUGCACGGAGUGUAUGAGUGAUGAAUUGAGUUUUGCUUCGUACGCGGAGUUGCAGGCUCAUAUAAAGUCUGUGCAUCCACCCGAGUGUCCUCACUGCUCGUUUCAAUGUGAGACCUCUCGUGAGCUUCGGCGUCAUCUGGAAAUUUCACACGGUGAUGUCAGUCUGGAGGACCGGCGUCAGUUCCCUUGUAUGGUUCCCGGAUGUGGGCGCAGCUUUACGAAGAAAGGUAAUCUUGCCGUCCACGUUCGGACAGUCCAUGACGGCGAGAAACGUUUUGCAUGUGGCGAGACGGACCUUUCAUCUUCGAAGAAAGUGGAAGGAUGGACUGGAGUAGACGCAUGUGGUAAGCGAUACAGUAGCAAAAUCGCAUUGGAGGAGCACGUCCGCACAACACACUUGGGUCUUAUGAACAGUAAAGCCGAACGCCGAGAACGACUUGGUCUCAAUAAGGAACCAAGCAAACGCAAGACAGACAACAAUGUUUCGGCCAUGACACUUCUGACUGGCGAGGGAUAUGCCGAUGAAAGUGGCCGACACAUUGCUUGUUUUGCCCCUGAAUGUCACUUUCGUUUCUAUCGCGAAUAUGAUCUUUGGGUGCACAUGCGCAGUAAGCAUGGGCAUGAGGAGCGGGAUAUCGAGAACUUAUUCAUGGAACGAGCCCUUUUGGCGCACGAGAAUACGGACACAGUCUUUGGUAUCUACGGGCUGGAGUUUGAUGAUUCUCAGAGUGAUAGCAAUCACAAUCUUGGCGACAGCGGCAACCCGAUUCCGCCUACUGAUGCACCAGAAGGCACUGCACCGCCUUUGUUCCACGAUUCGCACAUUAUGACUAAUGAAUUCGACGAAAAAAUGAACGACAUCACAUUCUUCACCUCACUAGAUGAGAGCAUGGCACCGGUUCAAGGAAACGCAUCUUUCGGUUUCGUGUCUGAAGAUACUUUACAGAGCAAUGACGGUUUUACAUUCGUUGAUCCGGCGUUGUCUCAUUGA